GAGAGGCGUUGACACUGAGGUUCUACUAACAUCGUAUUGUAUGGCAUUAAACCUGAUUUUUAACACGAGCCUGGCUAUUUUGCGUGCCUAGAACGCUGCUGUACAGGUCGCGCGAUGGUAAACACCAACCAGUGGCCAGCAGUAUUCGAUCAGCGUUGGAUUCAAACACGUCUUGUAGGUGAAACAGUGCGGUUCGUUUGCACACAACGCGGAGUCGGAGUAUUUAUCAAUAAUAUUUGAGUUUGGCGCAUUUUAUAUACACACAUAUAAGUACAUAUCUAUAUGUAUUUAUUCGCCUCGUUAGGCUAAGUUUUAAAUACUGAUCUCUAGACUUUGAUUAUUAGUAGCUGUUAACAGUCAGUUCAGUGUGUCUCAGUGUUCUUGAUAAAAUCGUGAAAAAUAUUAGACGCCCGGCUAUAGAAUCGAAGAUUAUUAGCGCAGCAGCCCGAUGCAUACGACAAUGAGUAGUGGCGUCAGUAGCGCGAGUGAGACACCACCCGUCGCGGAUGUGGACACCAGUUUUAAAUUCGCCAAUAAAACAUUGCAAGACUAUGAAGUUAUCUCGGUAAUUGGCAACGGCACCUUCGGUACGUGCUUUAAGGUGCGUGACAAGCAGACUGGUGAGCUUUACGCAUGGAAGGGUAUCGACUAUGAUGAAUUCGGUGAAUCUAAGAAGGCUUCGCUGAUUUCCGAGAUACGUGUAUUGCGUCAAUUACAACAUCCCAAUAUUGUACAGUACUAUCAUCAUUUGGUCAAUCAUGAAGCCAAGUCAAUUUACAUCGUAAUGGAGUGCUGUGAAGGUGGCGAUUUGGCGCUGUUAAUAAAGCGUGCGCGUAACGAGCACCAACGAUUCGAGGAGCGUUAUAUAUGGCGCGUGCUCUUUCAGGUGUGCAAGGCUUUGCAGGUGUGCCAUAACAAUAUUAAGAAGGGCACUAUCUUGCAUCGCGAUAUCAAACCGGCAAAUAUAUUUCUCGAUACGCACGGCAAUGCCAAGCUGGGGGAUUUCGGUUUGGCGCGUAUACUGCGUAAAAAUCAAGAUUUCACGGCGACUUUCGUCGGCACACCGUAUUAUAUGAGUCCGGAAAUUGUUAAGGGCUCGCAAUAUGAUCGCAAAUCAGAUGUAUGGGCGGUAGGCUGCUUGACAUACGAAAUGUGCGCUUUGCGUACGCCCUUUCAGGCUGCGAAGUUUGAGGAGCUCACUUUGAAUAUCUCCAAUGGCAAAUUCAAUCACAUACCGGCUGUGUACAGCGACGAUCUGCAGAAGACUAUUGCACUUAUGUUGUCAGUGGAUAGCGAAGAGCGUCCCAGUAUUGAGGUGAUAGUGCGUCAUCCGACUGUUGUGCGCAACAUUAUUGAAUUAGGCAAUGAUUUCCCAAAGCUCGUGGAAGCCGAGUUGGACUUUUUUGAUGAUGACGAAAAAUCCACUAGUAGCAGGCUGGAAUGUAGUCCUGUUGUGCGCCUGGAUUUCACCAGCACCAUGUAUACGGAAUAUAAUAGCUUCAAUGAGGAGUAUGGACAACGACGCUGGAGUGACUGCUUUACGCCCGACUUACGCACAGAACUAUUCUACACCGAAGGACCGCAUAAACAACAGAAAACUAUGCUUAAGGGCUCAGAUCCGGGUCUUUACGAGAGUAUAAAAUACGAUGAUAGCAUGUAUGCAAAACGAGAGUUACCAAUGAGACCACCAUUACCACCACCGAAACCGUCUUCACUUAAGCGCUCGACAUCCGAUACAUCGCUGUGUGAGCCCAAGAGUCCCCACCUGAUAUCGGAUGAUGUCUUCAAUGAGGCAUUGCAAGAACGUCUAAAAGCUAUACGUGCACUCGAAUCAUUGCUGCAGCAUAAAGAGAAGAGUUUGAAUGAGCGCGCGUAUGAACUGAAUAUAAGAGAAAAACGUUUACAAGAUUUGGAAGAUGCGUUUUAUGAACGUGAAAUGUUAUUGACGGUUAAAGAAAAAACUUUUGCCGCAGAGUCACUGAAGGCAGCGCAAGAAAAAGCGCAGAUUGCCGUCGAGAGCCGCGUUGUUGUCUCACGCUCGCCUAGUCCACCACCCAUCCCGCCACGUAGAUCCAGCGCUAAUAAAGAAGACGACACCUAUUGCUGCAUAGAGGAUACCCAGCUGGAGUCACCCACGAUUGCAAAACUCACUUUACCCUUCGCCAAGCGACGUGUUACCUUCAAAUCACCGCAAAAGCUGACAACCUACGAAAUUGAAAAUAUUCCCAACGCAGCUGUGUCAGCUCAGAGAAUAGAAGUGUCCAGCGUAAAGGCUAAGCAACAACAUAAGCAACUUCAAAGCAGUACUACCAGCCAAGAUAGACGCGCGUCUAUGUCAAGUGGAAAACUCAGCAACACUACAACAUUGACAACAACCAAACCAAUCAAAUCAACGGAAACAACUGACCAACGACAACGUCGUUCAAUAUUUUCCUCAAUUUUCAGUCGUAACAGCAAAGGCGCUACAUCAAAAUCAGGCGGCGUCAGCAGCCAAACUAAAAACAAGCAAACCAAUAAUAAAUCAACACAAAUGAAAGACACCAACAUUCAACCAUCAUCACCUCCAAGCUCACCCACAACCGCAAAGAGACUCACGUCCAGCGUGGUACCGGCAAAAACGGUCGUUGUGGUUGAAACCGAUAAACCAGAUCCGAGUAGUGUUUGGACUAAAGAAUAUAAACGCGCGGCAUUUGGUCUUUUGGCCGUUAUGAAUGCGGGCGGAACGAAAUCGAAAAUGGAUGCCAUUUCAACAUCGAUUCCAAACAGCGAAGCUCUUAACGGCCGCUCAAAACUCAGACAGUCUGCACGUGAACGUCGCAGCUCCACUUUGUGUCGCCAAAACAAGAUGCGUCGCUCGUUAACAUUGCCGUCAACACAAAGCGCAGCCAACAUCGAUGAGGAUGCAAGUACGAGUUUAGCUAUCAGUGUUGGUAGAAGCAAUCAUAAUCGAGGCAAAAUGCUGAUUUAAAAGAGGAGAGGAGAGGAGGAGGAGAGGAGAAGUAGGUUAAGUGGCGUGAAAUACAUACAUAUACUAUAUACAUAUAGGUAUAUAUAUAUAUAUGUUUAUUUAUGUAUGCUAUAAAAUAAUUGAUUCGUUAAAUGUAGAACUAAGAAAUAACCGAUCCACUAAUUAUAAUAAAUGUUAAGCUUACAAGUUCCUAAUUUUAGUUUAUAAAGUAAUUCCAAAGUACUGUAAUCACUCCUUGACGAGCAACUUUCUUGUGCCAUUUCUUAUAUUUUCAUAUUUAUUUAUGACGAAAGAGAAAGCAUUUUAACUUAAGGUUACAUACAUAAUUAUAAAAAACAAAGAUUUCUGUAUUUGUGAUGUGAAAUAGUUUCUUAUUGUCUUGAAGAUUCUUAGAGAAAGGCAUAUGUAUUUGUGUGUGUAUGUUUAUAUAAUUUAUGUCGGAAAUUUGCAUUAUUUUAAAAAUAAUAAUUUAUUUGUACCUAUACAUACAUACAUGUAUAUUUAGUUUUGUACCUAUAAAAAUGGUAGUAAAUAUUGAAAACA